ACACUAAAAUAGAAUAAACUAUUUGUCAAAGAAUGUGCUGUAGCGCUCUAAUUCAUUGAGGAACACGUUUGCUUAAGCCGGCAGCAACAUGUAUAAGAAACUCCGCAAAAUAUUGCCUGCGAUGCGCCCGGUGCACUGGCUCGUGCUGUCCUGUGUCGCAGUUGUCACCUGUUAUUUUCUGCUGGAGAUUCGAUUGGAUCGUGCUUUUAAGCCACUGUCUAAACUCACGGGCAACAGUGGCAAGCAAUCAGUGGCGGACCAAGCAGCUCUCACUCGUACUAUUCCCACGUUCGAUGGCUUUGAUUAUGAGGAGCAAUUGGUGGUGCUAUACAAUCGUGUGCCAAAGACUGGCUCAACCAGUUUCGUGAACAUAGCCUACGAUCUGUGCAAACAGAACAGAUACCAUGUCCUGCAUAUAAAUGUGACCGCAAAUAUGCAUGUCCUAUCGUUGCCAAAUCAGAUAUCCUUUGUGCGAAAUGUAACCAAGUGGCAUGAAAUGAAGCCGGCACUCUAUCAUGGACACAUGGCAUUUCUGGAUUUCUCCAAAUUUCAAAUAGCACAUAAGCCCAUCUAUAUAAACCUGGUGCGCAAGCCACUCGACAGACUUGUGUCCUAUUACUAUUUUCUGCGCUUUGGCGACAAUUAUCGCCCGAAUCUCGUGCGCAAGAAGGCUGGCAAUAAAAUUACGUUCGAUGAGUGCGUGGUUCAAAAACAACCCGACUGUGAUCCCAAAAAUAUGUGGCUGCAAAUUCCAUUCUUUUGUGGCCACGCUGCUGAGUGCUGGGAACCCGGCAGCGAUUGGGCCUUGAAGCAGGCCAAACGCAAUUUGGUCAACGAAUAUUUUCUGGUCGGUGUCACCGAGCAAAUGUACGAAUUUGUAGAUCUGCUUGAGAAAUCACUGCCAAGAAUCUUCCAAGGCUUCCGUGAGCACUAUCAAAACUCGAACAAAUCUCAUUUACGGGUGACAUCAUCGAAGUUACCGCCCAAUGAGUCUACCAUACAGACCAUACAGAGAUCGAAGAUUUGGCAAAUGGAAAACGAAUUAUACGAGUUUGCACUGGCACAGUUCGAAUUUACCAAGAAGAAGCUGAUGCAGCCCGAUAACAAACAUCUGCAGCAGUUUAUGUACGAAAAAAUACGACCAAAAUGAUUGUCCUGGAAGGCCAAGGGCAGUAAGGGCAAACACCGAACCAAACUGGACAAGUUACUGCCGAAGUAAAGGCUUUAGUAUUGCAGGUUGAAACAGUUUCUUUCUGUUUAUAAUAUAAUUAUAUUUUUAAAAUAUGUAUAUAGCUUUUCUAGAUCUGAUCUGUACUUAAAAGCAAACAAAUUCGUGAAAGACACUAAGACUUUUUAGCAUUGAAUAUCAUUGACAUAUUGAUUAUUCUUUUAUAUUAUCACGUACAUAUAUAGUUAGUAUAAGUCAGUCAUACCAUUAACACUCGAUAACGCUUUCCUAGAGUUACGUAAGCAAUAUUUAGCAGCAAUUGUAACACUUUUUAAAGCACAAUAUUAUUCAUCUAGUAAAUUGUACUCCAAUAUGCAUACAUAUUUAUAUAUAUAGGUACAUAUUUAAGUAUUGACAAUACCAGAUCUUGAACGAAACUACCAAUUAGAUACUUAGGGAUAAU